AUGGUGGUCCAACUUACUACGGAUUGUGUCGAAGAAAUUCUUAAAUAUUUGUCAAAUGAUGUCAAGGCUUUACAUUCCUGUUUAUUAGUAAAUCGGACAUGGUGUCGUCUUACUGUUCCUAUCUUGUGGUGCAAUCCUUGGAAAUAUAAAUUCGAUAUCGGCGAAGAAAAAUUCAACCAAGCAAUGACUAUGAUUUUGUUAUCAUUCAUCCCCCUUGAAAUAAGAGAGGUAUUGAGACAACAAUACAAGAACGUUGUCAUUGAUUUUCCUCCAGCUCGAACUCCAUUAUUUAAAUAUACUUCAUAUUGCCAGUAUCUCCCACGGUAUGAUAUUAGGCAACUUUGGAAUGAGAUAGAAAAUAGAAAUGGGUUGGCCUAUUCUAUUCCGGAUUAUGUCCGAUACUUUUACAUGAAACAUAUUUAUAUGAUGUUCAUCAACUCAAAUUCGAAUCUUAAACAUCUCGAGCUUCCACAACAUAUGCGUCGAUUAAUAGACUUCUGUGCUUGUAGGGAAGGAUUAAGUCAAUUAUUAGUUUUGGAAUGUAAUGCCAAUUACGAUAGUGGAUCUUUUUAUGAAAUUGCAGAAAUUUGUCGCUCCUUACAGAAGUUGAUUGUUGACUGUGACCAUGACAAUGAUGGUUUGGCAACGCUAAUUCGAAAUCAACAUGGAUUAGAAUAUCUAGAAAUUGCAUCACUAGAAGGUGACGAAUGUACUAAUAUUGGCAAUGCUUUAAAGACACAAGCUGAUACCCUCUCACAUAUUCGAUUAUCAUUCCUUGCAUGCAUAUCGCCAAAAAUUCUGUGGUCCUUUAUAAACCUAAAGACAUUACAAUUUGAUCUGAUUGACCUUGGCGCUUCAUAUGUUAAAGAGAUAUUAGAACAAGCAAAUUUUCCAUAUCUCGAAAUACUUGAUAUAUUUGGUCUUAAAUGUGAACUUCAUAUUAGUCUUCUUACAAGGUUGAUUAAGCAAACCCAACAUACAUUGCAAAGAAUAUAUUGGAAUGAAGUCACGAAACCAAUAGAAGAAGAUUUACGAUCAUAUCUUGAAGCUAUUGCUCGAAAUUGUCCAAAGCUUAAAUUCAUUACUAUUCCUUACAUGAACCAAGUCAAAGAUCUUCUUGGCAAUUUAUUGAUAUCCUGUCAGCAAUUAGAAGGUAUCAAAAUAGUAAUUUGCGAAAAGGUUGAUGCAAAUUGGGUAUUCGAAUGUUUAGGGAAAAAAUCAUCAAAAAAUUUACACCUGAUAAAUUUAUCAGAAGGAUGGUGGUUCUCACAUUCAGAGUUAGAGACAUUUUUUAAAAUGUGGAAAGAAAGAAGACCGAUGAUAUUCAUUUCACCAAAAGAUACAAUGCAAGACAGAAAAAUAACUGGAGUCAUCGAAAAGUAUUUGCAA